AUCAUAUUUAUUUUGUGUUUGAUUACGGAUUAUUAAUCCCUGGAUAAUUCUCUUCUGAACCAAACAACCCCUUAAGAAAGAAGCUAUGACAAAGAAAGAGAUGCACCUUUUCUCUUAUUGUUGCUUAAACCACUUGAUUUUACAAAAUAAUUAUUAUUAGUUUUUAUUUUCCUAUUUUUAAUAGGAAGAAUUCCACUUCAAAUCAUUAGCAGUACUUUUUUCUAUUUUUUAUUUUAUAAUUCAACAAGAUAAAUUGAAAUGUAUACGUGGUAAUUUUUUUUUUUUUUAAAUACAAACUUGAUAAUAGUUGAAAGUGAAUGCACCACAAUUUACCGAUUCGAAUUUGAAAUUAAUUGACAUAGAAAAAUUUAAGAAGUCAGUAUGAACUCAUCAAUGAGUGCUCUAAUUGAGGUUGUUCCUAUCCUUAACUCUUGAAUUUUGACUACUGUAAAUCUCUUGUUUUAAAUUUUUUACCAUUUUCAAUUCUUGAUUUUUGAUUUGCUGUAAUCUCUUGUUUUAAAUUUAUUACUAUUCUCAGUUCCUGACUUUUGAUUUGCUGUAAUCUCUUGUUUUAAUUUUGUUACUAUCAUCAAUUAUUUGAAUUUUGAUUGCUAUAUUCUCUUAUUUUUAAGGCUGUUCUUUUUAUUUUUAUUUUUUUAUGACAGUUGUGUCCGGGCUAGUUUGCGCGUACCUCUUGUUUUAAGCCAAAGCAUUUCACUUGUUUGAUAUUUUGGUGAGUGUUAAUCUCUGCUUUCAAGGGUUAGUUUUUUGUGAGAAAAAAAAGUCUUUGUUGAUAUAAACCUCUCUCAAUUGUUUUCUUGAUUUAUUGUUUGAUGUGUAGUGUAUGUAAUAAAUUUGAUGCAAAAAGUAGGUGCCCUUUUCAUGUAGAACAAUCAAAUUGGUUUAUUUUGAUUAUACCGAGGGGCGGAGCCACUUAUUGGGAAGGGGGUCCAAUUGAAUUCCCUUCGUAUACUUCGUAAAUAGGGUAAAAAUAAUUUUUUAUAUAUAUAUAAACGAUUGAAUCCCCUUGACAUAAGAGAAACUUCUAGUGUUCUAGUAAAGGGGUUCAAAAUUAAUUUUAAGUCGUAGAUUCAAAUUCCAAAUGCGUCAUUCUUAUAGUUUUUUGAAUCCCCUUACGAAAGUUCCUGGCUCCGCCACUUAUUAUACCAUUGAAUCUAUUACUUUGAUGGUCAUGCAUGUUUCCAUGACAACUGAAGUUUCUCUAUCUCGUAUCUACUUAAGGGAGCAUUUGCAACACUUGAGGGUAAGAGUUGAAAAUACUCCUGAACGGAUGGUUGAGAGUAUUGUGUCCGUGAUCCGGGGACUGCAGGAAACAACAGCAGCGUUGACUUUCUUGAUUCAAAAUAAUCUUGCUCUCAUGAUUCCAGAAAGUGAUGAUGAAUUGGAAGACGAAGAAGAUGAAGAUGAUGAGCAGGGUAUUUUUCCUUCUGAGGAAUUAUUCAAACUACACAGGUAUCUGAAAAAUGUUAAUGCUGGAUGGAGAGCAAGAGCUUUUGAUUUAAGCAUUAAGCUGCAUAAGUACGAGUCAUCAACAUCUCUUGAGAGCAACGAGAACUGCUGCAUAUGCUUGGAUGACUACUGCGACGGGGAAGAACUCGCAAAAACUGAUUGUGGCCAUCUAUACCAUGUUGAUUGUAUUAAAAAGUGGAUCGAGCGCAAUAACUCUUGCCCCAUUUGCAAGAGGGAUGCAUUGGCUAUUCUACACUUAUAAUCCGUGCACUCUGUGCUCGCCAGCUGCAGUAAUCAGUUACAGUUUGGCUGGGUGAACCGACUGGUGGCGUCUUUCUGCAUCUGGUUGUUUGAUGUGCUCAAGAGAGUUGAGCAGAACUUAAAAAUAAGGAACCGUUCUCAGAUAGAGAAAACAAUGGUUUUUAGUUCUUCUAUUUUUAGUAAGUUUGAUGCUUUUUCUUGCUUUUCGAUGAUAAUAAGAUUUAGCCAGACCUCGAAGCUAAACAUAACUUACUACUCAUGUUGGUUUUGAGUAGCUUAUAUCACAAAUUUGGUUUGUUGGAUA